GGUAUCAUGCAAGAUUCCCAUUCUUGCGACCCGGGUUCGAUUCCCGGGCGGCGCACUUGUUUUAAUUUAAUUAAAAUGACCACACUUGAGUUGUCCAACAAGACAACGCCAAAGAAAGACAAGAAAGACAACGCCAAUUGUUAUUAAAACGACAACACUUCGCGGAAACAGGAAACCUCAACUCAGUUCACUGUAACACAGCUGCAGACUCACUCACCUUUCGUCUGGAUUGGGUUACUUGUUGCAUGGCAACGUAGCAAGCUUCUAUCAAGGAAGUGAAAGAUUUCCGACAAACUACUAGCAACCAAAACCUCUAUGCGCAGCCUACAACAAACAUUGCUAAAGCAAGGCACAUGAUAUGUUUUGAAAAACUAUAUAACGAUUUAGCAAAACAUUUUUAAACUGUAUAUGCAACUUCGAUAACUUCAAAGUGAACUUCGACAAAAUCUUACAUCAUCUAGUAAUGAGAAAUUUGGAAGCUGAGGGGAAGACCGAGUUCGUGGCUGGCUGUCACUGGUGCUGCAAAGAUGAAGAUUUAGGUCUCAGCUGUGGAAACUGCCAGUCUUGUGUGCUUUCUUCAACACUCCUCCGGACCACACAGUGGUUUUUAAAGGCAGGGGAGUUGGCGAAAAGAAAGUUUCUCACUGGUGUUAUCGCUCGGUGUGAAAACUCCGGUAUUCUUGAAAACAUCAGUAAUGUCUUGAAAGUGACAAUGGGAAAGGACUUUACAUACGCAAGGUCCCGAGUAAAACCAGGUCUGUCAGGAGACGCAUCCCACUGCUUCUACGGUUCAAAUCGUGCUCUGGACCCCGAAAUACUAAGAGAGGAGAUCACCCAGACAUGGGAUUGGUUCAGCCACAGUUCGAACUGGACCAAAUCGAACUACCUCAUGGGAAUUCUGUCUCUGUGUGAGACGGAACUCCUUCACAUCCUUGGGAACUUGACUCAUGUUCUGCUAGUCAGAGAAAAAAAGUGGCCCCCUACUAUAAGAUCAGGUGACCUGCAAGAUGAAAUCACCUCAAUACCAGAAUCACAUUAUUCAUACAGCUCGGAUGGAAAUCCGGAUUUGGAGCUGCUCAUUUGUGCCAGCUCUGGCUAUGGGGCCGUGGACCUCCCAUACCACUGUCAGGACGAUGACGUAAUGGAGACUCCCAGGGACACAGGCUGCGGCUCUCUGACCACAGCGAGUGACAGUAGACGUAAGGAGGCCAGCUAUGCCGGCUAUAGCGUGACCUCUGGGUGUGAUGAUGGUGGAGAUGCCAGCGAUGCAGACUCUGCCUACUCAGAUGACCCUGCCCUCAUGGUCGUGCCUAAUUCCGCCAGGUCUCUCUCAGGAGUAGGCCGCUACCGCGACUUCAUCCGUCGGCUUCCUGUUCACAUCAGCAAGAGGAUUCUAGAUCUUCUGGAUAACACCUCCCUCCACCGCUGUCUGUCUGUGUCCCAGCACUGGCGAUACCUAACUAAAGAGAUUCAGGAGGACCACUGUGUGAAAAAGCUUCUAGAGAAAAAGGUCAUGCUCCUGCAGGGGAACACAAAGUCAGUCAAUCCGACCUACGCCAGGUUCCAGGAUGUGCUGGUUCCUGCUAAAGAUGAGGAGAAGUUCAUUUACCAUGGUGAACUUUGCACGCGAACUAGGAAGGUAAGCAAAAGAAACAAGAAACGAGAACAAAACAGAAGACUUGGGGCAGGGUUAGUGUGGAUAUGCUAUACUUUAUGCUAUAUGCUAUAUAUGCUAUACUUUAUGCUAUAUGCUAUACUCUAUACUUUGUUCUGUACAUCUUCUGCCAAGGGGUUUGAGGGCGUGUACACGGGCGUUAUCACCAAAACCGUGCAGAUGAUACGAGCCAGGGGGUUUGAGGGCGUGUACACGGGCGUUAUCACCAAAGCCGUGGAGAUGGAGGAGCGCAACGUCUUCUGUGGAGCCUACAACAUCCUUCUACUCACGAGCAGGGAGGACCCCUUGCGGGUGACCCACUACGCGGGCGGCCAGCUGGCGGUCAUGGGCUCCAAGGACCGCGUGGUGCGCCUGGUGGACGUGGUGGCGCAGAAGGAGGUGCUACCGGCCAUGCACGGGCACGCUGGCAGCAUCCACGCCGUGCUGCUCUGUGAAGCCAAGGGCAUGGUCAUCAGUGCCGGAUACGACCUCAGCAUCAGAUGCUGGAAUAUGAAGACAGGGGCUUGCACCAGUCUACUCCGGGGUCACAUGGCCACCAUCAAUUGCCUGGAUGUGCACGGAGACAGACUGGUGUCUGGAGCCAAGGACUGCAAGGUCAAAGUGUGGAAUUUGAAGUCAGGGAAGUGUGAGGAGUCGCUGAAGUUUAAACACCACCACCCCAUCCUGUGUGUGAAGAUCAGCAGCACCUACGUGCUGAGCAGCUGCAGCGAAGGCUUGGUGAAGAUGUGGAGUCUGGAGCUGGCCUGCAUCCUCAAGGUGAUGGAGGCCCAUAAGGGUUCGGUUGGGUGCCUGUUCUAUGAUGACUGGCACAUCCUCACCGGCGGCACAGAUGGACAGGCCGUGGCGUGGAGCGCCAACCCAGACUUCAAGAAGUGCCUCAUGACGUACCGCCACCCUCUGGAGGUGCUGUCAGUGACCUGUCUCUACCUGCGAGCGAUCACCGCAUGUGUGGACGGAAAGAUCCGGAUUUUUAACUUUGUCACAGGGGACUGUAUAAGGGUGAUCAAGGCCUGUGGACAGAACAGCCCAGUCCACACUGUACAUGUGACUGAAAACAACAUGGUGGUGGACACGGAGGGCGGGGUGUACCUCUUGCAGUUCCCCAAGGUGAUCUGGGACUACGUCACGUCGUCGGAGGGGGAGGUGCUGAAGAACCGUGUGGAGGCGACCGGGAGCAUCCUCCAAAAACAAAGCGCCUCCAACGUGCGGGCGGAGCGCAUGGGGCUCAUCGGCUCGCCCAGUCACAAGCUCCUCCAGCACGUCGGCCAGGAAGACGAGGGGCGGGGGCAGUCCCACCACGCGCGCAGUGUGUCCGUGCUCAGCAUGCAACGUGCCAGGGGCCGAGAGACGAGUCUGGCGCGUUCGGAGCUGAGUCGCAGUGAGAAGGCGCUGCUGCGUCGGGUCCAGAAGCGUGGCGCCCACCGGCCGGCGACGCCCGAGCACAUGCUCCUGACGCUCAGCUCCUCGCAGCUGUGCCCGCUGGACGAGCCGCUCCGCUCCAACAUGGAGCUUAACGCCAGGGUGCGUGACGCCUGGGGCCCCCCUCCCCCCUCGCCCUCGCCCCCCUACCCCAAACCUGACCCCCCCCACGCUACCCCACCGACCUCUUCCUCUCCGUCUACACACGUGCCCAGAUCUGGAGGGGUGAGGUCGGGCACUAAGAUCGCCUCUCCGCCGCCCCUGGUGGAGGGACGCUCUCAACCUAAUGCCCCCGUGAUGCCCCAGCCGUCCCUCUACAAACGCUCCAAUGUCAUCUACACCCCUCUGAGGCACCUGUCCUCGGAACCCAACCUGACCCCGAGCCCGAGAUCAGACCCCAGACACCGAGCACAGAAAAGGCAGGUGCGCUCGUGCGUGACUACACCCUCGCAGGAUUGGUCAGGGGUCAAAGGUCGCUCCACACCACUGCAGACUCCCCGUAAGAGACCCCAGACCGCCGGCACAGGAAGGACUGCUGCUUGCAAGGUGAGCACCCCCAGUUCUCUAGCCCGGGGCGACUCCUGCACCCCUCAUCGUCAUCAUCCUCCUCCUCCUCCUUCGCCACCCCUUCGCAUGUUCCCGCUCUCCCCCGGCGGCGGCAAGCGCCCGGCCCGCCACGUGGACUUCGAGUCGCCGCCGACCGCCCACCACAACCCGCUGGACCCGUACCGCCAGCACACCGGCUUCCGGCUCCGCACCGACACGCAGCUGGAGGAGUACGUGCGGGAGCAGACCCAGAUGGCGCGCCGCGAGAACGCCAGGGCGCAGGCGGAGGAGGCCGAGAGGGUCAGGCCGGGCGCCCACAACCCCCGCCGGCGGAAGACGACGGUGUGGGGGGUGAGGGCGAAGGGGCUGCCCUGCAAGGACUUCACCAAGGAGGGGCAGGUGUACGCGCCCGAGCUGGGCCCGGAUGUUUACAUCUGAGGGGGGGGGGCGUCUCUGCAGCGAGGGAUGAUGGGGAAAAAUGAGAAGAUGAGAGACGACGAAACACCAAGAGACUGGAAUGUGUGUGAGAUUAUUUUGGUCUCACUUACACACAUACACACAUACACACAUACACACACACACACACACACA